AUGCUGGACGGGCUGAAGAUGGAGGAAAACUUCCAAAGCGCCAUCGAGACCUCGGCCUCCUUCUCGUCGCUUCUGGGUAGAGCGGCGAGCCCCAAGGCUGUCUGCGAGGGCUGUCAGCGGGUCAUCUCGGACAGGUUUCUGCUGCGGCUCAACGACAGCUUCUGGCACGAACAGUGUGUGCAGUGCGCCUCCUGCAAGGAGCCCCUGGAGACCACCUGCUUCUACCGGGACAAGAAGCUCUACUGCAAGUACGACUACGAGAAGCUGUUUGCUGUCAAAUGUGGGGGCUGCUUCGAGGCCAUCGCCCCAAACGAGUUUGUAAUGCGGGCCCAGAAGAGCGUGUACCACCUGGGCUGCUUCUGCUGCUGCGUGUGUGAGCGGCAGCUCCAGAAGGGAGACGAGUUUGUUCUGAAGGAGGGCCAGCUGCUCUGCAAAGGGGACUACGAGAAGGAGCGGGAGCUGCUCAGCCUGGUGAGCCCGGCGGCGUCUGACUCGGGCAAAAGCGAUGAUGAGGAAAGUCUCUGCAAGUCCGCCCACGGGGCUGGGAAGGGCGCCGCCGAGGACGGCAAGGACCCCAAGCGCCCCAAGCGUCCCAGGACCAUCCUGACCACCCAGCAGCGGAGAGCGUUCAAGGCCUCGUUUGAGGUGUCCUCCAAGCCGUGCAGAAAGGUGAGGGAGACGCUGGCUGCGGAGACGGGGCUGAGUGUCCGUGUGGUGCAGGUGUGGUUCCAGAACCAGCGAGCCAAGAUGAAGAAGCUGGCCCGGCGGCAGCAGCAGCAGCAAGACCAGCAGACCAGCCAGAGGCUGAGCUCUGCCGGGCGGGCUGGGGUCCCCGUGACCCGCUGCCGCCUCUGCCCCGCAGCUCAGACAAACGGCGGCGGCAGUGCCGGCCUGGAGGCCAUCAUGAACCCCUACACGGCGCUGCCCACCCCGCAGCAGCUGCUGGCCAUCGAGCAAGGCGUCUACGGUGCGGACCCCUUCCGGCAGGGCCUCACCCCGCCCCAGAUGCCCGGAGACCACAUGCACCCCUACGGUGCUGAGCCCCUUUUCCACGACCUGGAUAGCGACGACACCUCCCUCAGUAACCUGGGAGACUGUUUCCUAGCAACCUCAGAAGCCGGGCCCCUGCAGUCCCGCGUGGGGAACCCCAUCGACCACCUGUACUCCAUGCAGAAUUCUUACUUCACCUCUUGA